AUGUCCCAGAAAGCGCUGUUACUUGAAGAAAUAGGGAAGCCGUUGGUUGUGGGGGAACGUUCGAUUCCACAGGCUGGCUCCAAUCAAUUACUUGUCAAAGUUCUUGUUGCUGGUCUCAACCCCCACGACCAGAGAACUCGUGAUGACGGUCUUUUCGUCACUAGCCUGCCAUAUGUCCUGGCGAGCGAUGUGGUCGGAGAAGUCGCAGUUGUGGGUAGCGGCGAGUAUUCUUCCAAAUUCAGCGUCGGCGACCAUGUCUUUGGGCACUCUUUCGCUGAAGGGGGUUUCGACAACGAUUUCAGCGGAGCACAGCAGUACGCGCUUGUCGACGCAAGAUAUGUUGGCAGGGUGGCCGGCAGUGGCCUGAGCGACGACGAGGCGUCCACGAUCCCUGUCAUUGUGCUGGCAGGCUUCAUUGCUCUCUUUGCGAAGUCCGGCCUCGGCUUGCCUCCUCCUUUUCCCGCAGAAGCAAAGUCAUUCGACUACGCCAACACGACGCUUCUUGUCAUUGGAGGCGGCUCGAACACAGGGCGGGCCACGAUCGAACUCGCCAAGCUUGCAGGCGUAGGCCGAAUUAUCACGGUCGCUGGCCUCAAGAACGAAGAGACGCUGCGAGCUUCUGGGGCCACACACAUCAUUGACCGACAAGCCUCGAACGUGCUUGAGCAAAUUCGAGCUCUGACAGGUGAUGACCUUGUGUAUGCGGUCGAUACCGUGAAUGCAGGCGUGGACCAAGAAUUGGGCGUUGCAGCGUUAUCGAACACAAAGAAGGGCAACCUAAUCACUCUCCGUCGAACUGAAGGCGAGCUGGACACCGAUCGGAUUGGUAGUAAGAAGUCGGGGUACGAUCGCCGCCUUGCAUUUGGUGUAUCUACCCUACAUCCCGAAGUGACCAUCCCGUUCUGGAAAGAGGUUCCUCGAUGGUACAAAGAGGGUAAGCUGCGUCCCAGCAGUUUUGAGGUCAUAAAUGGAUUAGAUGCAGAUGCUGUGAACAAAGCUCUUGACGAAUACCGAGAUGGGAAUGGGGCAAAGGUGAACAUUCAUCCUUGGGACUGA